UUCCUUUUUUUUCCCAAUCUGCGAACCCUUGAACAUAUAUCAUUAUAGAGUAAAUGGUUGUAUAUGCAGGGGGAUAAUGUAUAUUGAAGAAACGACGUCGUAAGAGUUUUUAAGGCCUCGUUUUAUAAAUCGAGUCGGGAAUUCAUGUUUUGAUUACCGAAAAAAAUGAUAUUUUUACGAAUUGGACGCUCUGUUAAUCGAUCCUCUCGCUCCUCACUCGAUAAAACCACAUUUUUGGGUGGUUAUGGAGUGGAAUUAGCUGUCUUGAAUGGAUUGGCCCCUGAAAAUGCGUGCAUUGCACGAUCGAGCGGUGGCUCGGGGUUCAUGAGGAGCUAUUUGACGUCGAUUGGAGCUGGGAAACUGGUUGUGAAUGGUGGUGCUUCGUCGGAAUUUAAUUCGGUUUUUGCAAACCCUAUGCUUUUUAGGCUGUAUUGUAGCGAAACGUCAAAGAGAAGAAACUAUGAGAAUUGUUAUCCAAAAAACAAGAAAGGGGACAACCAGAAAGGGGAGCAUAAAGAGGAGUCAAGUACGGGUGAUCAAGGGAACAAUCAGGACUUCACUAAAUUUCAAAGUUUUGUUGCGCCAUUGUGGUUGCUUGGAUUUGUACUUUCGUCAGUAUAUACGAAGCCUCGUGAACCGAAGCAGGUUAGUUCAUAGUGGAACUUAAAUUCAGUGUGUCCGGUGGGCAUCCAUUCUUCACCCUCUCCAAGAAAGGCCUCAAAACUGUAUUUUUGGCAUCUGUUCUGCAUUGGAAGUAACAGAAAAUUGUUAAGGUUAAGAUGCAUUUGUGUGCGCUCUGAUGCAUAAAACAGAAACUUAAUCAAUUUGGAGCUUCCCGUUUUCAAUCCUCUGCCGUAAAAGACAACUUGCUUACUAAAUUGUCUUUUGAAAACUUUGUGCUUCUACUUUACUGAAUUUAUAUCUUAAAAAGUAUAGGGUAAUGUUAAACAAAGCUUUAAUUGACAAUUUGUUUACUUGGGUAGUGCGUGAAGAUCAAUUGGUGUCUAACUCAUCUUGAAUUUCCAGAAGGUAUUUUAUGUCAAUUGGAAAUAAGAUUGCAGAAAAAUUGGUUUCUUUGUGAGGAGGGAAGGAGGGAGAGGGAGGGAGAUGAUAUAUUAGAAGCAGUGUUCUAAAAGGCAUAAUGCGUGGCGAUGCGUUGAU